UUUCAACAUUCACAACCUCGUAUUCACUCGGAAAAGCAUAGCCCUAAUGAAAAGAUGGAAGAAGUGCUUGAAGCUAUCAAUCGACUUUACGAUUCAUUUGGGCACUUUGCUUGUGAAUUUUUAAAGGACUUUCCUAGACGUAGUGACAAGGAUAACCACUCAAAUCUCCACCGUUGCAUGGCACCCUGUUUUCUCAGUGGGCAAACCUCGCAAAAGCCAAUCCAUGUCGUAACUCUGAUGUACAAUCAUCGGUAUAGCAAUCCUUCAUUCCGGUCCCAGUAUCGAUCAGAACGUGACCUGUCCUACUCUGGAACUCAUGAUCCCUUUAAUAUUCGCCAUUGUCGACCAGCCUUAUCAUGCUGGGCGACCCAACUUGUCAGAAACCACCUUCACAAUGCGGUUGGCCGACUCACUCAAAACAAUCCUCUUGACCCUGAUUUUCAUGUUCGGCUGGCAGCCUCAGCCAACAAGCGCUCAAAGAAAUCACACCUCAUUACCUGGGAUGAUUUGAAGAAUUUUGGUAUUGAGCAGUUGGCUAGUCCAUAG